AUGUCUUACGAUCAAGGUGGUAAUGGCAAUUGGCAGAACACCGAUCCCAAUGGUAACUAUUACUACAAUGGGGCCGAGAACAACGAAUUCUAUGAUCAGGAUUAUGCUUCUCAACAACCAGAACAACAACAAGGUGGUGAAGGUUACUACGAUGAGUACGGACAACCCAACUAUAAUUACAUGAACGACCCACAGCAAGGUCAAAUGCCACAACAACAACCUGGUGGUUAUGAGAACGACGGCUACUACGACUCGUACUAUAACAACCAGAUGAACGCUGGUGUUGGCAAUGGGUUGGGACCUGACCAGACUAAUUUUUCAGAUUUUAGCAGCUACGGACCACCUCCAUUUCAAAAUAACCAAGCUAAUUAUACACCAUCCCAACUAAGUUAUAGCAACAAUGGGAUGGGCAGCAACGGUAUGAAUAUGUCUGGUUCGUCAACUCCAGUAUACGGUAACUACGAUCCGAACGCUAUUGCGAUGACAUUACCAAACGACCCAUACCCAGCUUGGACCGCUGAUCCACAAAGUCCCGUUUCCAUUGAACAAAUCGAAGACGUCUUCAUCGAUCUAACCAACAAAUUUGGUUUCCAAAGAGACUCUAUGAGAAACAUCUUCGACCUGUUUAUGACUUUAUUGGACUCUAGAACAUCCAGAAUGUCUCCAGACCAAGCAUUGCUAUCUGUCCACGCUGAUUAUAUUGGUGGUGACACUGCUAACUACAAGAAAUGGUAUUUCGCAGCUCAGCUUGAUAUGGAUGAUGAAGUUGGUUUCAGAAACAUGAAUUUGGGUAAGUUAUCAAGAAAAGCAAGGAAAGCUAAGAAGAAGAACAAAAAAGCAAUGGAAGAGGCCAACCCUGAAGACGCUGCUGAAGUGCUUAAUAAAAUCGAAGGUGAUAACUCUCUUGAAGCUUCUGACUUCAGAUGGAAGACUAAGAUGAACAUGCUAACUCCUAUUGAAAGGGUUCGUCAAGUGGCCCUUUACAUGUUAAUCUGGGGUGAAGCUAACCAAGUUAGAUUCACUUCUGAAUGUCUAUGUUUCAUUUACAAAUGUGCUUCUGACUACCUAGAAUCACCAUUAUGCCAACAGAGAACAGAGCCAAUCCCAGAAGGUGAUUAUCUAAAUAGAGUCAUCACUCCAAUUUAUCAAUUUAUCAGAAACCAGGUCUAUGAAAUUGUCGAUGGACGUUAUGUCAAACGUGAAAAGGACCAUAACAAGAUUAUUGGUUAUGAUGAUGUCAAUCAACUGUUUUGGUACCCAGAAGGUAUCACUAAGAUUGUAUUGGAAGAUGGUACUAAACUAACUGAUAUUCCAAGCGAGGAACGUUACUUAAGACUUGGGGAAGUGGCUUGGAACGAUGUCUUCUUUAAGACAUACAAGGAAACACGUACUUGGUUACAUCUUGUGACCAAUUUCAAUCGUAUUUGGAUUAUGCACGUUUCCGUCUACUGGAUGUAUGUUGCUUAUAACUCUCCUACUUUCUACACUCACAACUAUCAACAACUGGUAAACAAUCAACCUGUCCCUGCUUAUAGAUGGGCAAGUGCCGCCUUGGCUGGUACAGUGGCUAGUGCAAUCCAGUUGUUUGCAACUGUUUGUGAAUGGUGGUUCGUUCCAAGGAAAUGGGCUGGUGCUCAACAUUUAUCUCGUAGGUUUUGGUUUUUAUGUGGUAUCCUAGGUGUUAAUCUUGGUCCUUUAAUUUUUGUCUUUGCUUAUGAAAAGGACACUGUUCAAUCGAAGGCUGGUCAUGCUGUAGCAGCUGUGACAUUUUUCAUUGCUGUGGCCACUGUUUUAUUCUUCUCGAUUAUGCCAUUAGGUGGUCUUUUCACCUCAUAUAUGCAAAAAUCAAGUAGAAGAUAUGUUGCUUCUCAGACUUUCACCGCAUCUUUUGCCCCAUUACAAGGUUUGGAUAGAUGGUUAUCUUAUUUAGUUUGGGUUACAGUUUUUGCUGCCAAAUACUCUGAAUCGUACUUCUUCUUGAUUUUGUCUCUAAGAGACCCUAUCAGAAUUUUAUCAACUACUACCAUGAGAUGUACUGGUGAGUAUUGGUGGGGUUCAAAGUUAUGUAGACAUCAAUCGAAGAUUGUUUUAGGUUUCAUGAUUGCUACAGAUUUCAUUUUGUUCUUCCUUGAUACUUAUUUGUGGUACAUUGUUGUCAACACUGUCUUCUCUGUUGGUAAAUCCUUCUAUCUAGGUAUUUCCAUCUUAACUCCUUGGAGAAAUAUCUUUACAAGAUUACCAAAGAGAAUUUACUCAAAGAUUUUGGCCACAACUGAUAUGGAGAUUAAAUAUAAACCAAAGGUUCUAAUCUCUCAAAUUUGGAAUGCAAUUAUUAUUUCCAUGUACAGAGAACAUUUACUUGCUAUCGACCAUGUUCAGAAACUGUUAUACCAUCAAGUUCCAUCUGAAAUUGAAGGUAAAAGAACUCUAAGAGCUCCAACGUUCUUUGUAUCUCAGGAUGAUAACAAUUUUGAAACUGAGUUUUUCCCAAGAAACUCUGAAGCUGAACGUCGUAUCUCAUUCUUUGCCCAAUCAUUGGCUACCCCAAUGCCAGAACCAUUACCAGUUGACAACAUGCCAACUUUUACCGUCUUGACUCCACACUAUUCUGAAAGAAUAUUGCUUUCUCUAAGAGAAAUCAUCAGAGAAGAUGAUCAAUUUUCAAGAGUCACUCUAUUAGAAUAUUUGAAACAAUUGCAUCCUGUUGAAUGGGAAUGUUUUGUUAAGGAUACCAAGAUUCUGGCAGAAGAAACAGCCGCUUAUGAAAAUGAGGAGACUCAGGAUCCAGAGAAAUCUGACGCUUUGAAAACUCAAAUUGAUGAUCUUCCUUUCUACUGUAUUGGUUUCAAGUCUGCUGCUCCAGAAUACACUUUACGUACACGUAUUUGGGCAUCGUUGAGAUCCCAAACCUUGUACCGUACUGUUUCUGGUUUUAUGAACUACGCUAGAGCGAUUAAAUUGCUAUACCGUGUCGAAAACCCAGAGAUUGUUCAAAUGUUUGGUGGCAAUGCUGAAGGUCUUGAGAGAGAAUUGGAGAAAAUGGCUAGAAGAAAGUUUAAGUUUUUGGUUUCAAUGCAAAGAUUGGCUAAGUUUAAGCCACAUGAAUUAGAAAAUACUGAAUUCUUGUUAAGAGCUUACCCUGAUUUACAAAUUGCUUACUUGGAUGAAGAACCUCCUUUGAACGAGGGAGAAGAACCAAGAAUUUAUUCUGCCUUGAUUGACGGUCACUGUGAAAUGUUGGAAAACGGUCGGAGACGUCCAAAAUUCAGAGUUCAAUUAUCUGGUAACCCUAUUCUUGGUGAUGGUAAAUCUGAUAAUCAAAACCAUGCUUUGAUUUUCUACAGAGGUGAAUACAUUCAAUUAAUUGAUGCUAACCAAGACAACUAUUUGGAAGAAUGUUUGAAGAUUAGAUCCGUUUUAGCCGAAUUUGAGGAAUUAAAUGCCGAACCCGUCUACCCAUACACUCCUGGUGUUAAAUAUGAAGACCAGAAGACUAAUCAUCCAGUCGCAAUUGUUGGUGCUAGAGAAUAUAUUUUCUCCGAAAACUCUGGUGUGCUUGGUGAUGUCGCCGCUGGUAAGGAACAGACUUUUGGUACAUUGUUUGCUCGUACAUUGGCUCAAAUUGGUGGUAAACUGCAUUAUGGUCACCCGGAUUUCAUCAAUGCUACGUUUAUGACAACAAGAAGUGGUCUAUCCAAGGCUCAAAAGGGUUUACAUUUGAACGAAGAUAUUUACGCCGGUAUGAAUGCCCUAUUACGUGGUGGUCGUAUUAAGCACUGUGAAUAUUAUCAAUGUGGUAAAGGUAGAGAUUUAGGUUUUGGUACAAUUUUGAAUUUCACAACUAAGAUUGGUGCAGGUAUGGGUGAACAAAUGUUGUCCCGUGAGUACUACUAUUUAGGUACACAAUUGCCCGUAGACCGUUUCUUGACUUUCUACUAUGCGCAUCCUGGUUUCCAUUUGAAUAACUUGUUCAUUCAAUUGUCUUUGCAAAUGUUUAUGCUAACUUUGGUCAAUUUGCAUGCGCUUGCCCACGAAUCCAUUCUUUGUAUUUACGAUAGAAAUAAGCCUAAGACUGAUGUCUUGUAUCCUAUCGGUUGUUACAACUUCUCACCAGCCAUUGAUUGGAUCAGACGUUAUACAUUGUCCAUUUUCAUUGUUUUCUGGAUUGCCUUUGUUCCUAUUGUUGUUCAAGAGUUGAUUGAACGUGGUCUAUGGAAGGCUACUCAAAGAUUUUUCCGUCACAUUCUAUCUCUAUCCCCAAUGUUUGAAGUUUUUGCUGGUCAAAUUUAUUCUGCUGCUCUAUUGAGUGACAUGACUGUGGGUGGUGCUCGUUAUAUAUCCACCGGUCGUGGUUUUGCAACAUCCCGUAUUCCAUUCUCAAUUUUAUACUCCAGAUUUGCCAGCUCUGCCAUUUAUAUGGGGGCCAGAUCUAUGCUGAUGUUAUUAUUCGGUACAGUGGCACAUUGGCAAGCUCCAUUACUAUGGUUCUGGGCAUCUCUAUCUGCUUUACUGUUCUCUCCAUUCAUAUUUAAUCCACAUCAAUUUUCCUGGGAAGAUUUCUUCUUGGACUACAGAGACUAUAUUAGAUGGUUAUCAAGAGGUAACAAUAAGUACCACAAAAAUUCUUGGAUUGGCUACGUAAGAAUGGCAAGAUCACGUAUUACAGGUUUCAAACGUAAGUUGAUUGGUGAUGAUUCUGAAAAGGCUGCAGGUGAUGCUAACAGAGCUCAUAGAACAAACUUAAUACUAGCUGAAUUGAUUCCAACUGCAAUUAAUGCAGGUAGUUGUUUCAUUGGUUUUACCUUCAUUAACGCUCAAACCGGUGUUAAGGCCACCGAUGAUGACAGAGUCAACUCUGUUCUAAGAGUUGUCUUGUGUACACUUGGUCCAAUCGCUGUUGAUGUUGGUGUAUUAUUUUUCUGUUUGGGUAUGUCCUGUUGUUCUGGUCCAUUGUUUGGUAUGUGCUGUAAGAAGACAGGUGCUGUUAUGGCGGCGGUUGCACACGGUGUCUCAGUUGUGAUUCAUAUUGGUUUCUUCAUUGUAAUGUGGGUUCUAGAAGGUUUUAACUUCACUAGAAUGCUGGUUGGUGUUGCCACAGUUAUCCAAUGUCAAAGAUUUAUUUUCCAAUUAAUGACAAUUUUACUAUUGACCAGAGAAUUCAAGAAUGACCAUGCUAACACGGCUUUCUGGACAGGUAAGUGGUAUGGUUCUGGCUUUGGUUACAUGGCUUGGACUCAACCAAUGAGAGAAUUGACUGCAAAGGUUAUAGAGAUGUCUGAAUUUGCAGCUGAUUUUGUUCUUGGUCAUGUCAUCUUAUUUGCCCAAUUCCCUGUGCUUUGUAUUCCUGCCAUUGAUAAAUUCCACUCAAUCAUGCUGUUCUGGUUGAAACCAUCUCGUCAUAUUCGCCCACCAAUUUAUUCAUUAAAGCAAUCCCGUUUAAGAAAGAGAAUGGUGAAGAGAUACUUGACUCUUUACAUCAUUAUUUUCUUGGUGUUUGCAGGCGCCAUUGUUGGCCCAGCUGUCGCCGCUAGCCAUGUGCCACAGGAUAUUGGCCAUACAUUGACUGGCCCAUUCCAUAACAUUGUUCAACCUAGAAACAAGAGUAACAAUGAUACUGGUUUGCAAAUUUCGACAUAUAGUAAUCAUUACUACACACAUACGCCAUCUCUAAAGACCUGGUCCACUAUAAAAUAA